CCCUGGCCGGUCAUCAGUCUCUUUCGAUAAUGAGAUUGUGAUGAUGAACCAUGUUUACAAAGAACGCUUUCCUAAGGCCACGGUUCAGAUGGAGGAACGACUUGACGACAUUAUCAGCAGCUUUUCGCCCAACAGCGUACUGCCACUUGCAGAUGGAGUGCUUGGGUUCAUCCACCAUCAGAUCAUUGAACUGGCCCGAGACUGUCUGGAGAAAUCACAAAAUGCCCUCAUCACUUCCCGCUACUUUCUCGAGUUACAGGAAAACUUGGAGAAGAUGCUGCAGGAUGCGUAUGAGAGGGCAGCAAGCGAUGAAGUCAUGUUCAUUACACAGUUGGUCAGGAAAUUGCUGAUGGUCAUCGCCCGGCCAGCACGACUCCUUGAAUGUUUGGUGAGUUUCAAAAUCAUCUCAUGCUGUCAAGAACACAAAAUUAGAU